UGAUGUCUUGCUGAGGAGGAGGUGGUGGCUUCUGCUCGGUGAAGAAAAAAGGUCCUGAUUUUAGUUUUCCAGAACGCGUCCGCCGCUUGCGCAAGCCGCGUCUCGAUGCAGAGGCUGCUCGCGCGUCACCAGCGCGCGAGAGUAUGUGCGCGCCUUCCUGAGGGAGACGGAAAAUCGGGUUUAAUUUGGAAUUUAACUCGUGUUUCGUGUAAUUUGGGAUAUAUAUGAUUAACCGCGAUUUUCUGAACCGAAUGGAUGCGGGAAUGAUGCCUCUCCGUGUCGGGAUUUCCUUUCUGUGCCUCUUUGUAGCGGUGAUGAGCUCUGUGAUACAUACCAGCUUCUCCCUGCCUCAUUACGGAGACGCCUUGGUAAAGACGAGGGCUCGGCGUGAUGUCGCCAGGUUCCUCGGUAGAGAGAACACGGUACCGGUCCGCUUGGUGUACCGAGUGGACGGAGACAGUCAGGCCGCUCAUGAUGUUCUCAACACACGGCUUCGAUUGAGCUCUGACAGUAAACAGAACCACAUGGCACAGGCUAGCUUCCAGGUGCAGGCCUUCGGACAGACCUUCAUUUUAGAUGUGGAACUGAACCAUGAUCUUCUAUCAUCAAAUUACAUUGAGAGGCACAUAUCAGAGGAGGGGAAUUCAGUUGUCAACAAAGGUGGAGAACACUGUUACUACCAUGGGAAAGUACGUGAUAUUCCGAAGUCAUAUGUGGCGCUUUCAACUUGCCAUGGAUUACAUGGGAUGUUCUUUGAUGGGAACCACACAUACAUGAUCGAACCAGGAGGAGAGAAUACUACAAGUGAGGAGGUUCACGUGCACAUGAUUUAUCAGUCUCCUGGUUUGGACCCCCCAGAGGACUUCAUUUCUGCAGUUCACCUGGCAGAGUCACCGUUCCAGAACACUCCACUGUCCAGUGCCGCCCACAGAAGGAAAAAGAGACAGAUAGCACGAAAUCCACGGAGUGUUGCAGAUGAGACCAAAUUUAUAGAGCUGAUGGUCAUAAAUGAUCAUUUGAUGUACAAGAAACAUCGCCUUUCCGUUGGACAGACAAAUAACUACGCUAAAUCUGUUGUGAAUAUGGCUGAUCUGUACUUCAAAGAGCAAAUCAACACUAGAAUUGUUUUGGUUGCGAUGGAAACGUGGGCUGCGGACAACAGGUUUAACAUCAACGACGAUCCUAUGGUGACAUUACGAGAGUUUAUGAAGUACCGAAGAGACUUUAUUAAAGAAAAGUGUGACUCCGUUCACCUUUUCUCGGGCAACCGUUUUCAUAGUAACUGGGGAGGAGCCUCAUACAUAGGCGGAGUCUGCUCACUCACUAAAGGAGGCGGAGUCAAUGAGUAUGGAAAGACUGAAGAAAUGGCCAUAACUCUCGCCCAGUCACUGGGACAAAAUAUCGGCAUCUUUUCUGAUAAGAAACGCAUUUUAAACGGGGAGUGCAAGUGUGAAGAUAAAUGGUCUGGCUGCAUAAUGGAUGAUGUUGGCUUCUACUUACCCAAGAGAUUUUCUGACUGUAAUGUGGAAGAGUAUCAUGAUUUCCUGAACAGUGGAGGUGGUGCGUGUCUCUUCAACAAACCUUCGAAGCUCUUGGAUCCUCCAGAGUGCGGAAAUGGUUUUGUGGAGGCAGGAGAGGAGUGUGACUGUGGAAGCCCAGCCGAGUGUGCUAGAGAAGGAGAGGACUGCUGCAAGAAAUGUAUGUUGACUCAGGGAGCCAAAUGCAGUGAUGGUCUCUGUUGUAAGAACUGCCAGCUGGAGUUUAUGGGUGUACUUUGUCGUGAGGCUGUCAGUGAUUGUGACAUACCGGAAAUGUGCACUGGGAACUCCAGCCAGGGAAGAUGUUUCAAUGGCAGGUGCAAAACCAAGGACAGACAGUGCAAAUACCUCUGGGGAGAGAAAGCAACAUCGGCUGAUAAGUUUUGCUAUGAGAAACUCAACAUUGAGGGUACAGAGAAGGGCAACUGUGGACGAGAUAGAGACACCUGGAUUCAGUGCAAAAAACAGGAUGUACACUGUGGAUACCUGCUGUGCUCCAACAUUUCUCCUGCACCCAGACUAGGAGAGUUACAGGGAGGAUUGACAUCUUUCUCUGUGGCCCAACACAGCGCCUCACUGGACUGCAGUGGAGGGCAUGUGCUGAUUGACGUCGACACUGAUUUGGGAUACGUAGAGGAUGGAACGGCGUGUGGGACGGAUCGCAUCUGCUUUAAUCACAAAUGCCUCCCAGUGCAGGAAUUCAACUUCAGCACGUGCCCCGGCACCAACGAAAGGGUGAUCUGCUCCGGACAUGGGGUGUGCAGUAAUGAGCUCAGGUGUGUGUGUGACCUGGGCUGGGCAGGUGAGGACUGUAACUCCACCUCUCCUCUGAGUUACCUGCUGGUGCGACCCACAGCCAAAACAUCAGGCGUCAUCACUACUAACAUCAUCAUCGGGGCCAUUGCGGGCUCUAUCCUGGUCCUUGCACUGAUUCUAGGCAUUUCUGCAUGGGGAUACAAGAGCUACAGACAGCGUCAGUAUGUUGAGUCUGACGUACACAGAAGAUUCUGUCGUCAAAUGCCUCCGGGUGAUUACGUGAAGAAGCCUGGAGACGCUGAUUCCCUGUACAGUGACAUGCCGCAGGGCAUGAGCUCAAACUCCGGCAGCAGCUCCAAGAAGAGGUCUGCUUACCUGUCUCACCUCCAGAUCAACACCUGCUCUUUCACCCCCUCUAUCCCUUCCAUCAGCCAAAACAUCUCUCUGUUCGGCUUCAGAUCUAAUGGUAUGUCUCACUCCUGGAGUGAAAGAAUCCCAGAUGCCAAGCACAUCUCUGACGUCUGUGAAAACGGACGACCCAGGAGCAACUCAUGGCAAGGAAACAUCACAGGUACCCGUAAGAAGCUCAAGGGAAAGAAGUUCCGUCCUCGCUCCAACUCCACAGAGACACUGUCACCCGCCAAAUCGCCCACUUCUUCAACGGGCUCCAUCGCCUCCAGCCGGAGAUACCCCUACCCCAUGCCUCCCCUUCCAGAUGAGAGGAAGGCCAACAGACAGAGUGCCAGGCUGUGGGAAACAUCAAUAUAAAAGAACUCCUCGAAACUGGUCUGCAAAUCUCCGUAAGGAUUUCUCUGCUUUUGUAUGAAUGAGAAAACAAAAUAAGUAAGAAAAUAAGGAAUUCAAAUGGAGAAACAAGGGAUGAGUGAAUGGAAGAGUUGGGCAUGGUCUCCUCCGAUCUCGGUUUAGCAUUUGUGGCAUGGAGCCAUCUUACCCUGGACGUUGAGGAGCGCUGUAUCAGAAUCCCAUUCCUGCUGUCAUUCAUAAACAGGACUCAGGAACAUGAUUUCAUCACAAGACAAACCCGGAAUGACAGCCGUGCUGAGCAGACACAGAGACAACAGCAGCCACUCGUGCCCUCGUUAAACCCCGCCCCCACACAGCCUGCCCCGUCCCCAAACACAUGCUGUCUUGUGAUUGGUGCCCUUGAUGCCCGGGUGCAAGAAGCUCAUGCAGGAGCAGGAAGUUAACUAUUCUUUUGAACGCACGCUGUCACUGUAGAACCUACUGCUGUAUGCAUGAGAAAACAUGUUUAUCGAUUCCUUGUAGUGUAACGAUGUACAAAUGUUUUAAGGUCUUUCACUCAAGGGUGCCGCAUGUAUUGAAGGACAGCUUUGUAGGCUGGUAAGAUUCAAUCCCAUGUCCACUUCACCAGAACAUCAUCCGGUCCCGUUCAUACAGUCAUAUCUUCUCAGAGAAUUUUGUACAUAUGUCAUAUAAUUCAGAGUGAAAUGUGAGAGUGUAGUAUUUGAUCGGUUUUGACGUUUGUUGUGGAGAGCGUGGUGGAACUUUUUUUCUGCUUUAAAGUGUCUGUCCUGUGAUCGUCUCCCUGAAUUUACAGAAUUAGUUUCAAGCCUAGCGCACGCUACACAGAAGCACCAUUUCAUGAAUUAUGCGUCAGAUCGUAGCAGUGCAUCGCAAACAACGAUAAUUUUGUAAUGAGCACAUUUCUGCGUCAGAUUGAGUAAAGAUGCUAAGAUCAAUUAUAAAGUCGCGACUGAAGUGACAAUAGCCACAGACAUUUUUUUCCUACAUUGUGAUGUAACCAAUUAUAGAAAAAAAAAAGGACAGGGACUUGAUUCUAUUUGUUGGUAGCUGAUUGGAUGGAGGCAGAUCUGAAUGUAGAGCCAAUGGGCGGAGCAUGGCAUCUGGCUCCCCCUCUCUGGAUGUAAUGGGUGGAGAUUUAAAGUCCAACCACUCCCUAACCAUAACCCUAUCUAAACACUAGGUCAAGCUCCACCCAUUAGGUCCAGAGAGGUGGAGCUGGAUUAGGUCAAGCUCCACCCAUUUGACUCUUUUGGCAAUUGUGAGAAAAGGGCGGAGUUUAAGUGAACUAAAUGAUGGAAGUCCAACAUACAUCACCCUAGAGAAGUCUCGUUUUUA